AUGGACAACAACCGCACCAAUACCUACAGCUCGAAAGGCUCACCUCAUGAGUCUCAGAUCUCGGCCGGGCCUGUACUAGCCAUAAUAUUGCCCUCGAUGCUGGGCGUCAUUCUCAUAAUCUUGGUUGUAGCGACAUUUAUAGCCCCACGGCUGGCUACAGCAGAGAGUGAAAACUGCACUCAGAAGCGCCGCGAGCAGCGCAUCGCGCGUCUGGACAAAACAGUCAAAGCGCAGAUGUUCUAUGACUGGCGGUCGAAGCAGGGUGAAGAGAAUGCGGGGAUUGUCGCAACACACCCCUUGUGCGUGAUAUGUCUAGACACGGUCGAGGAUGAGGCGCAGAUCCGGGGGCUGAACUGCCUGCACGUUUUCCACCAGACGUGCCUGGACGACUGGUUUGGUCGGUUCAACGAGUUCUGUCCGCUCUGUCAUCGACCGAUACUACCGGGCGCCAAGCUUGCGUCCCACGUCAGGAGGAGUACAGCAGAUGAGGCGAGGAUGAAUGUGGUAAUGAUGUUGUGA